GCUGGAGCUCGACUGAACGCUCAGAAUCAAAUUGGUCUGACACCGAUGAUGGAAGCAGUGUCGUACAAUCAACGGGAAGCAGUGAGCCUUCUGGUCAAACAACGAGAUCUGGAUCUGUACAAGCGAGAUUUCUGCACCGGGGACACAGCUCUGCACAUAGCGGUGAAAAAGAACUAUAUUCACAUGGUGGAAAUUCUACUUCAAGCAGGAAACUGGUACAUCGAGUAUAAUUACAACAACUUGGGUGAAUCGUUCGUGCAUGAUGUGGUCGUUUACAACCGAUUGGAACUACUACGCCUGUUUCUUGCCUACAACUAUGAUUUUGAUCGACCAGCCAAACGUCUGCCUCCAUCUUUAAUCGGUGGUGUGUUCACCAAGAGUAUGUACAACAACAUUCCGUCCACAUCCACAGGAACACCAGGCUGUUCUUCUAACGACUCACCAUGCACCCCUUCCACUUCCACAUAUACGGGAACUGUGUCAUCUUAUGGUAGUGGUCCAAACGCAUUGAUUUUUGAGAAAUCGCCUUUCCAACUGGCUCUGGAACGAGGUCAUUUAGACAUGGCUCGUAUAUUGGCCGAUGUAGGCUGUUUUCGAAUUAAAUUACCCCUUAGUUCCAGUUCCCACACACCCCAUAUGGCCACAAGUCCCACCAGUCUUUCGCCUACGCGAGCCGCGUCCCCAUAUGGUCUAACUCAGUCAUCUAAUUAUCCACACUGGGCUGGUCUUACCGGAAUCAAUAUGUCCAGUCCACUGGCUCGUCGUUAUUCCGCCCUAUUGGAAGUUAAGUCAUUGAAAAAAUGGUGUCGUCGAGUCAUUCGUCAAACGCUGGGCUUUCGCCUGAUUGAAGCUCUACCACAGUUACCUUUGCCAGUUCCGCUGAAAGAUUUCCUGUUGCUUCGAGAUCUGGAUUGGUCAGUCUGUUUGAGCAGUUCACUGACCAACCAACGUUCAGUUACGAAUAACGGUGAUUUGGCCAUCAUCGUCCCUCCGCGUUGUUCCAGUUCCCUCACACCACUGUGA